CAUUAACGAAUUGAUUUUACGAGGAGAGCCCGAUAAGCAAUGGGGGCCAUCACUUGGAGUUCAAUUGUCCGGAUUAGAAACUAAUGAAACUUUGGAAAGGUUAAAUAUAAGUGGAAACUCUAUAGGUGGUCCAGAUAUAAAAUUAUUAAACGAAGUUUUAAAGCUCAAUUCAAGGCUGAAAUAUCUGAGCAUAGACGAAAAUAUGGCUCGCGAACUCGCAAAUCAUGGUUUCCAAGAAUACAUAGAAGAUCUAGACAAAAGAUUGUCUUUAUCUUCAGAUACUUUUGGUGCACGAGACACCUCUACUGAACGUCCAACAUUGAAAUCUCUGGAUGAGAAUGGAUCUAAUAAAGAUGUUCUGCAUGCUGAAACUAUAGAAGAAACUGUAAACGAGACUAAAGUUGAAAAUGGAACGCUUCAGAAAGAUAAUUUAAAUUUUUAUGAGGCUAAUUACAUUUAA